GUUUUGCCGAAUGAAGGCGCCCCUUUGCAGGCAAGUUGUCAGUGAUUGUGUAUGUGUAUAACAUGGCUACGAAUAAUUAUUUUGGUUUUACACACGGAGGCACCCAAUACAGCGCGACCGCAACCCAGGCAGCAUACCAGGCCGGCCAGGCGGGAUAUGCAGUAGCGGCAGCCCCGGCAACAGCCGCAGCGGCCACAUACGGUACUCAAAGGGCAGCAGCGGGCUACGACACGGCCUAUCAGGCGGCCGCGGCCACUCAAGGAACUUAUGCUGCCGUUGGUACUGGGGCAACGCCGGCAUACGAAUACGGUUACGGGCAAACCGCGGCUGCAGGUUACACAGGGGGCUACGAUCAAACGGCUGCGGCUGCUGCAAAGCCUGCCACUUACGCCGCUACUUACGCCACACAAAGGGCCGCUGGGCAACAAGCUCAAGCUGCUACAGCAGCAGCAAAGCCACCUCAGUACACGGCUGCCUAUCAACCCAACGCUACAGGUUACCAGGCCACUUACGCCCAGCCAGCUGUGCAAACUACAAUAGCAGCGCAACCUACUACCCAGGCGAAGCAAGCUAACUCGAGCACCACGUAUUCAGGAUACGACGCGGCCCUAUAUUCGGCCGCAACAAUGUACGUCGCGCAGCAGCAACAGCAGCAAACCGCUGCGGUAGCGGCCGCGGCUGCCGCCCAGCAAAAGCCAGGCGGGGGCGGCGGCUGGCAGGGUUACAAGAAAGGCGGUCUGGGGGCGAAAAACAUGCGUGCCAAGGCACCUCCCAAGCCUCAGCAAUUGCAUUACUGCGACGUUUGCAAAAUAAGUUGCGCGGGUCCCCAAACCUACCGCGAGCAUUUAGAAGGCCAGAAGCACAAGAAAAGAGAGGCGGCCACUAAAAUGGCCGCCUCUGUAGCGGUCACCAGUCAAAACAGGUCUGGCAAUUCACUGCGUUGUCAGUUGUGUGAUGUUACCUGUACUGGAAACGACGCUUACGCAGCUCAUAUCCGCGGCGCCAAGCACCAAAAAGUUGUUUUGUUACAUACAAAAUUGGGCAAACCAAUACCGCCUCAAGAACCCGAAGUCAUCGGAGGUGGACGUAAGUCUGUCGCUUCGGCGCCUAAAAUCAACUUUGUUCAAUCGGGUGGUUUGGGUGUUCCAGCUGCCCAAACUCAGGGUAAUGGCGAUGCUAUCAAAGAAGAAGAACAGGAUGAAGUGCCUGAGCCUGAUAUUCAGCCUGUUGGUCAGGAUUAUAUUGAGGAAAUUAAGAGUGAGGAUGGCAAAGUUAUCAGUUUUAAUUGUAAAUUAUGCGAGUGUCGAUUUAAUGACCCUAAUGCAAAAGAAAUGCACAUGAAGGGUCGCAGGCACAGGUUGCAAUAUAAGAAGAAGGUCAAUCCAGACUUGAUUGUGGAUGUAAAGCCAUCUCUGAGGCAAAGAAAGAUUCAGGAGGAGAAGAUGAGAAGAGCGGCCAUGCGUGAGGAAUUUUGGGCCCGUCGCCACUUUAACAUGGAUGAGGAAGAGUCAAUGUACUGGGAAGACCGCAGGCGCUAUGAGGAGUACAUGGAAAUGAUGGGCCGUGGAAACAUGCCCUUUCCAAGAGGCAGGCCUUUCCCAGGCGGCGCACCUCCCUUUUUCCAAGGUGGUCCGGUACGUCGUGCUGAAUCUAGCGACGACCGUCAUGUAAUGGCCAAACACAGCGAGAUAUACCCAAAAGAGGAGGAGCUGCAGGCUAUACAGCGUAUAGUUUCACAUACAGAACGCGCACUCAAACAGGUCUCUGAUCAAUUGGCUGAAGUGUCUAAAACCAAAGAUGAGAAGUCGGCCGAAGAACAGAGUGGGACCGCCGACGCCUCCAAACCUGGUGAUCAGCAGCAGCAGAAAGAAGAUGGCAGAGAUAAUCAGCUGUUCUCCUUUCAACAAGACAAAGACGCGAACCGUAUACUUAAGGGAGUAAUGCGGGUUGGGCAUUUGGCGAAAGGCCUGUUGCUUCGCGGCGACUGUCAAGUCGAACUAGUGGUGUUGUGUGCCGACAAACCCACUUUGACCCUGCUAAGGAAGGUUAUUGAGCUGCUGCCGCCUUCUCUGAAGCAGGUGGCCCCCGAAUCGAAUUAUCAGGUAACCCUGAACGCAGCAGAGGCCGGCUUGAGCGUUCACGCCGAUGGAUUGACUGUGCUGGUACAGCUCACCAGCCCCGUAAUGAGGGAACAAGAAGCUGCGAGCGGCGGGUCGGACCGGGAUGUGCUAUCCAGGGGCAAGUGUCUCCAGGCGCUGGCAGCGCUCAGACAUACCAAAUGGUUCCAGGCUAGAGCUUUAGGACUGCACUCGUGUGUCAUCAUUAUCCGAAUCUUGAGGGACCUCUGCCAGCGUGUUCCGACUUGGUCUCCUCUGAGUGCAUGGGCCAUGGAAUUGCUAGCAGAAAAAGUAAUCUCGUCAGUACCGGGCCAGGUACAAUUGUCGCCUGGCGAUGCACUUCGUCGCGUAAUGGAGGCUGUGGCCAGCGGAUUGCUCUUGCCCGGAGGUCCCGGAUUGGGCGAUCCCUGUGAGAAAGAUAGUCCCGACGCUGCUGCCGCCCUCACCGCGCAACAGAGAGAAGAUUUGACAUGUUCCGCGCAGUAUGCCCUUAGAUUGAUUGCGUUUAGACAAAUUUUCAAGGUUCUUGGUAUGGAUCCUUUGCCCGCGCCGCAGAAAGGCUUCCGCCGGGACAGGUCAGCCCGCAAACGACGUCGUUCAGGUGGGGAACAAGAAGGAUCUGAGAGUGAUACAGGCAAAAUGGUAAAGACAGAGGGAGGUGCUCCAACGACAGAAGCUGCCCAAGUCAAGUGAAUCUAGUUAUAGGUUUUUGGAUAUUUAACUAAUAAACUAAUGAUUAUUUUAUUACUUUUAAAUAUUUAAGUAAUUUGGAUGUAUAGGAAUUAUAAUUUGUGACUGUAAAUUUCACAAGUAUUGCAAUUUGUAGUAAUCGUCUAGUUAAAUAGAAGUGAUUCAAAAUCAUAUUCCAGUAUAUAUUUACUGUUGGGUACGACAUUCACUUUUGAUUCCUGGUGAUGAUUUCUAUCAAAUAAAACAUGUGUUUUUCUGG